UGGUGACUGUUUUGAAGAAGGCGGAAGUGUUCGCCGAAACUGUCAACAAGCGAGCUUCAAAUUCCUGGGGACCCACAUCUCAGAGAACCUGACCUGGUCUACCAACACCUCCCACCUCAUCAAGAAGGCCCAUCAGCGUCUCUUCUUCCUAAGAACACUGAAGAGAAACCGCCUGUCUGCUGUCAUCCUGGGCAACUUCUACCGCUGCGCAGUAGAGAGUAUCCUGACUAACUGUGUUACAGUGUGGUAUGGAAACUGCUCUGCUGCUGACCGCAAAGCACUCCAGAGGGUGGUGAAAACUGCCCAACGCAUUAUAGGUGCUCCACUUCCGGACAUUGAGGGAGUCUACAAGAAGAGAUGCAUGCGCCGGGCACGUAGCAUCCUCAGAGACUCUUCCCACCCAGCCAACAGACUCUUUCAGCUCCUCCCGUCCAGGAGGCGAUUCAGGAGUCUGCAGACCAAAACAAGCAGAUACAGGAACAGCUUCUUCCCCACAGCUGUCACCCUACUGAACUCUGCCAGCAGAUGGACGCCAGGAACGCGUUAUGUUUGAUAAGAUCACUUCCCGUAUCCAGAAGCUUUGCUAUGGACUCAACGCUGACUUUGUUGAUCCGACUCAGAUUACCAUGAAGGUGAUCCAGGGUCUGUACAGUGGUGUGACCACUGUCGAGCUGGACACGCUGGCUGCUGAGACGGCAGCCACGCUGACCACCAAACACCCAGACUAUGCAAUCCUGGCAGCCCGCAUCGCAGUGUCCAACCUGCACAAGGAGACCAAGAAGGUCUUCAGCGAUGUCAUGGAGGACCUCUACAACUUUAUUAACCCCCUGAAUGGAAAACACUCACCUAUGAUUUCCAAGGAGACCCUCGACAUCAUCCUGGCAAAUAAGGAUCGCCUCAAUUCGGCCAUCAUCUACGAUCGGGAUUUCUCCUACAACUUCUUUGGCUUCAAGACCCUGGAGCGCUCAUAUCUGCUUAAGAUCAAUGGAAAAGUUGCGGAGCGGCCUCAGCACAUGCUGAUGAGAGUCUCAGUCGGCAUCCAUAAGGAAGACAUCGCUGCUGCCAUCGAGACCUACAACCUGCUGUCUGAGAGGUGGUUCACUCACGCCUCCCCCACGCUGUUCAACGCAGGCACCAACCGGCCUCAGCUUUCCAGUUGUUUCUUACUGUCUAUGAGAGACGACAGCAUCGAAGGAAUCUACGACACUCUGAAACAAUGCGCACUCAUCUCUAAAUCUGCUGGGGGCAUCGGCGUGGCUGUGAGCUGCAUUAGAGCCACAGGCAGCUACAUUGCAGGAACAAAUGGCAAUUCUAACGGCUUGGUCCCUAUGCUCCGAGUGUACAACAACACAGCCCGAUAUGUUGACCAGGGAGGAAACAAGAGACCUGGAGCUUUUGCCAUGUACCUGGAGCCCUGGCACUUUGACAUCUUUGAUUUCCUGGAGCUGAAGAAAAACACGGGUAAAGAAGAGCAGAGAGCCAGAGACCUGUUCUAUGCUCUCUGGAUCCCUGAUCUCUUCAUGAAGAGAGUAGAGACCAAUGGAGACUGGUCUCUUAUGUGCCCGAAUGACUGUCCAGGUCUAAAUGAGUGCUGGGGAGAAGAGUUUGAAAAACUUUACACCAGGUAUGAGCAGGAGGGGAAAGCGAAGCGUGUCGUGAAAGCUCAGCAGUUGUGGUACGCCAUCAUUGAGUCUCAGACGGAGACCGGCACUCCCUACAUGUUGUACAAGGACUCGUGCAAUCGCAAGAGCAACCAGCAGAACCUGGGUACCAUCAAAUGCAGCAACCUGUGCACUGAGAUUGUAGAAUACACCAGCAAGGACGAGGUGGCCGUGUGCAACCUGGCAUCUCUCGCUCUGAACAUGUACGUAACACCUGAGCGAACGUUUGAUUUCCAAAAGUUGGCAUCUGUCACAAAGGUCGUUGUUAGGAACUUGAACAAAAUCAUUGACAUCAAUUAUUAUCCAGUCCCAGAGGCGGAGAAAUCGAACAAACUCCACAGGCCCAUUGGUAUCGGAGUGCAGGGGCUGGCCGAUGCUUUUAUCCUGAUGCGUUUCCCUUUCGAGAGUAACGAAGCUCAACUGCUCAACAUACAAAUCUUUGAAACGAUCUACUAUGCCGCGCUGGAGGCCAGCUGUGAGCUGGCGGCUGAACACGGCCCAUAUGAGACCUACGCCGGCUCUCCUGUUAGCAAGGGUAUCCUGCAGUAUGAUAUGUGGGACAAGACUCCGACAGACUUGUGGGACUGGAAGGCUCUGAAGGAGAAGAUCGCAAAGCAUGGUGUACGCAACAGUCUGCUCUUGGCUCCCAUGCCCACUGCUUCCACAGCACAGAUUCUGGGCAACAACGAGUCCAUCGAGCCUUACACCAGCAACAUCUACACACGCCGUGUGCUGUCUGGCGAGUUUCAGAUUGUGAAUCCUCACUUGCUGAAAGAUCUCACAGAGCAAGGACUGUGGAAUGAAGACAUGAAGAACCAACUGAUUGCUCAUAAUGGAUCCAUCCAGGGAAUCCCCACAAUUCCAGACGACCUAAAGGAGUUGUACAAGACAGUAUGGGAGAUCUCACAGAAAGUGGUCAUUAAGAUGGCUGCAGACAGAGGAGCUUUCAUCGACCAGAGCCAGUCACUUAACAUCCACAUUGCUGAGCCCAACUAUGGAAAACUCACCAGUAUGCACUUCUAUGGCUGGAAGCAGGGACUUAAGACUGGUAUGUAUUACUUGAGGACAAAGCCAGCUGCCAACCCCAUCCAGUUCACCCUCAACAAAGAGAAACUGAAGGCGGCGCAGGAAACCAAAAGCAACGAGGAAGAGAUUAAGGAGAGGAACAAAGCCGCUAUGGUGUGCUCUCUGGAGAACAGGGAGGAGUGUCUGAUGUGUGGCUCUUAGACAGUUUCUCUUUCCUCAUUCUGUCGUCUUUGAUGUUCAUCAGCUGAAUAGAUAUCUGAUCAUAAUCAGUGUUUCAUCAGUAAUCCAGGCAAUUAGGAUUAACAAAAAAAAAAAAAAAUGUUGAAGUGGGUUGUUCAAAAAGCCUGUCUGGUUUCUCUUUUAUAACUGUGUACAUAUGCUUUGUAUUCCGGACAUAACAUCACUAUUUAUUUCACCUGGCUACAUGGUGUAACAAAAUAUUGUACAAAUUUUCCUUGGUAUGACCAACAUUCAGUCACAUAUCAAAGUACUAAUACGUAAAAGUAGCCAGGUGACAUAUUUUGCAUAAAAUGUCUGUACUAUAACUUUAACAGAGCCUGUUAAGCCUCGUCAAAUUAAAAAUAAUUAAUUUUGAGAAAGCAACGUGUGAAAUAUUGUUCACGUUUUAACUAAUCCUUAUAGAUGAAAAGAAAAUUUACCAACUUGUUACUCGUGUAUGUUUAUUAUUAAAGCAGGAUCACAGGUGUGCUCUCACAAAGCAAGUGCGCUGAGAAAGCCCAGAUGGCAAAUCAUUGUAAUGCCAUGGGACAAGCUGGCUGUGCCACACAAACAGGUGUUGAGCAAGCUGCAACCUGCACAGGCCAUGGGGACGAAUUACAGCUCACUUAACAAAACCUUGUAACCGUUUGUGGGGGUGGGUGGGGAUUAAUCUUACACUGUGCAUGGGGAUUUGUUCAUUUUUUUUUUUGUAAUUAAAAAAUUUCUUUACCUUGUUCAAA